AUGAAAGCUAAGAAACAAUUAAUGGAUGACAAGAGUUACGAUUUGGUGGCAGUUUUGAGGCAAUUAUCCACCGUUAAAGAUACGUGGAAAGGGAUGCUGGAUAGUUUUCACAUAAUUUGUGAUAUAUCACUCAAACACCAUGGACCAGUCUCUAUGGGCUCAUCCAUGAAACUCAUGAUUUUGAGAGAGUUUUUGGAAAGUUGUUUGUCAAAUAACCCAAACCUGGAGUCGGACUACAAUUCACUCAUCUCUUCGUGCAGUGAUGUGGUGUCGGCUGAAGUGCCCAACAGUUUGCGGGAAAUCGCAAAGUCUAUCAAAGAUAAGCAAUCCUUUAGACAAUUGACAGAUGAGGAGGCGCUACAAGUUUUAGUCAAAGGAAACGACGAGUCAGGGUAUCGCGAGUUAGACCCCAUGUAUGACACGUGGAAACUGAAUCCCAUUCCUUGUGUUCAGACCAUUAAAGGGCUGUUAUCGGGAAAUGAAACACAACUUCAACCGAAAGCCGUUAAAUCUGUGGAUCAAGUGGUGGACGAACUCAAGACACCAUUGACUUCAGUGAAGAAACUGUUGCUUAAGAAACUGGUGCUUCCGUGGGCUCAAAGAGGUAUCGGAUAUCGUGAGCUAUCAAAGUAUUUCUCGGUUUAUAUGAACGACAUAUGGAGACAAGGGUUCCGACUAUUGGCACAACGAAUGGCCGCCGAAGGACUCAUCCCUACCGCCGACCACUUCUUCUAUCUGACUGUCCCUGAAGUGGAGGCGCUUUGCAAUGGCGACAGAAAUUCGUUAAUACUGUCCAGAGUUAGACACCGGCGCCGGCUUUACCCACAAAUGGGUGGAUACAAGUUUGAAGAGUUCAUUAAAGGGCCGCAAAUGAGACCCAGAAAUUUUCAAAAACGCAUUACUCCUCCAAUUCUGAGCACAGGUAUGGUUCAGAUGAAGGGAACUCCGGUUAGUAACGGAACGGUUAGUGCGAGAGUUUGUGUCUCGGAGGACAUUAACGAAGCCCACAAUAUUCAGUCGGGAGAUAUACUGAUCACAUACUCAACAGACAUCGGUUGGAGUCCAUACUUCCCGUUAUUGUCAGGUAUUAUCACCGAAAUCGGUGGAACUGUAUCUCACGGAGCGGUUAUCGCCAGAGAGUACGGAAUUCCGUGUUUAAUAGCCGUAGAGGGGGCGUGUAGUGCAUUCAAAACGGGUGAUACUUGUGUUUUGGACACAACCACACAGACCAUCACUAAAGUCCAGUAAACUAUUCAUAAAAU